CCGUGUCGGCCCCGGCGAGGAGGCUGCCUCGGGGGACCGCCCGGCGGGCGCCCCGCUGGCGCGCGCGCGCGAAUGAGGCGGCCCAGGGGCCCUCACGCCGCGGCGGCCCGUGCGCUGCUGCUCGGGGCUGCGACGCCCGCGUGCGCCUGGUGGCCCUUCGAGGCCGGCGAGGGCGAGGACCAGCGGCGAGACGGCCCCAGCGGCCCCAGCGGGCUGCCUCCUGGCAUGGAGUUCGCCUUUGGCGGUGUUCCUGUGAUCCACGUGGACAGCCACUUCGGCUUCGACCCCUUCGAGGACAUCCACAGGAACAUGGGCCGGCUGAUGGAGAAGUCCUCGAAGGACAAUCAGAUGCUGCUGCCAGCGGCCGGCGACGCGUCGCCCCUAGGGGCGCCGGCCUCGCCGCUCGAGGUGCAGCUCGGCAGCAUCCUGGAGCUCUUCGGGGAGCUCCACUCCGGCCAGUUCGGGCGCGCGGAGGGCAGCUUCGAGGUGAGCGAGGACGACCCCUCCCGCUUCCGCAUCUCGGCCCUGCUGCCCGGCUACAAGCUCGACCCCGAAGGCGGCGGCGACGAGAGCCCCGACGAGAGCCAGCUGAGCGUCCGGGCCGUCGGCAAGCGCUCGCUCGUGGUGAGCGGCAGCCAGCCGACCGGGCCGCUCAUCCGGACGUGGCAGCGGAGCUUCUCCCUGCCGAGGGGCAGCAAGAUCGACGAGGUGGCCGUGACGUACAGCGCCACGACCGGGAACCUCACGGUGGAGGUCCCGCGCGGGAACGCCACGGAGGGCGAGGAGGAGACGAGGAGGAGCCCGAGGACGAGCUGGACGUGGCCGGGCUCCCGCCCGCGCUGCGUGCACUGCACGCCGGCAUGCCCGGCCUGGUUAGCCAGAUGCAGGCCGGCCGGCCCCAGGGCCGCGGCGGGGGCGGCUUCCUGA